GCGCUAUUUAAGCCAUAAUGUCAGACCGCUGCAGUUCAAAGCUGGAGAACUACUCCAUAAAGCUCUAAAUUCAUCCUGUUCCUCUCCCCUAUCAAGGUGUUGUAGACUGAAAAUCCUCGAAAUGGCUACACCGGUCAACAUAACCAGCUACUUCAACCGAGGGCCACUAACCACCACUUUUACUCCCCCAACUACCUGCCUUCAGACUUUAUCCACAGCUGUCUACGAGGUGAAUGGGAUACCGCAAACAACUAUGUAUUAUGGUCACUGGUUUGAUGGACUAGGUCAGACAUGUUAUCCCACUGGCACAAUGCCAACUUCGCUGCUCCUUUCUCCCACAUAUUGGGGGACAUACUGGUAUUCUCCAGGAUUGUACUGCCCCAGUGGAUGGGCCACAGCGGGCCAAUUAUCCGGAUCAUGGAACGGGAUUGAUAUAAUAAGUAGCACCAGUGGAGCGAUUUGCUGCCCUUGGAGCAUGAGUCACUACGCCGGUGGCCACCAAUGCAGUGGUGUCCUCCCGGCGAAAGAAACGGUCGCAAUGGCGGCCUCUGGUAUUAUUGUCACUAGUGUACUCUCAACCCCGGUGACUGUUUACGCCGAUGGGAUUCCGCUCAUUUGGGAGGCGUCCGAUCUCCCCAAGUCGACUAGUGUGCUCCAGAGGGGAACAUCAUCAUCUUCAUUUGGUCCAACUUCAACUUCGCCCCUGGCAAGUUCGAUGGCCCAUUCAGGCCAAUCUGGACUUGCAGAAGGUGCAAAGAUCGGGAUUGGAGUUGGUGUCCCUCUAGGCGCCCUCACCAUAGGUGCAGUUGUAUUCUUUGAUAUCCUACGACGGCAUCGCAAAGGGAAAAUUAAUCAAUCUCAGCCACUGUCGCAAGAAUAUGUCAGGCAGUCAGAGCCGGCGGAACUUUCCUCCUCAGGUCCACGGUCCGAGCUUGAGUCUCCUUUCACAGUUAGACAUGAAUUAGCUUGAAUGAUGGAGGUGCAUUUUGUGUCCUCACUUUUUGUAGAAAUACGACUCCACAAAUGAGC